UAAUAAGGUGGGAGAGAAAGGGUAAGUGGGAAAUGGGUAAUCCAUAUGGAGGGCAGGGUAGUAAUAGGAGAGGGGCUGGGGAGGAGCAGGGCAUUUGUUACGCCCACGGACUUUCGCAGCCAAUCAAUGCUCCACCAAAUGCAAAUCCCUUCUUCCUCCUUUCCUCUCUUUUCCUUCAACCCCUCGACCACCACCUCCUCCUCCUCCUCCUCCUCUAUUCCUCUCCCUGUUUGCCCUCUUCAAUUCCCUCCUCACGUCCACUCCUCUCAGGUAGAAAAGGAUAGAAGAAUGAAGGAGGCACUGAAGAGUAGUUUGAGGUUGGAACCGUUGGCCGCCUCCGGCCAGCAGGACCACCAGGGCCUUCUCGCCGACGACCCGGCCUGGGCCACGGUGGAGAGAGGUAACGUCUUAUUAGGGGAGGGGUUCUCGGUUGACGAACUUCUCGACCUCGGAGAAUUCGCCGAGCCCGAGAAGGAUACAGAGGAGAAGCCGGACGCAGGAGCGGAGUCCGCGAAAGCAGAGGAGAACUCCAACUCCAACUCCUUGUCCUCCUCCUCCUCCUCCUCCGCCCUCUCCUUCGAGCCACCGCCGACGUCGGAGAUUAGUUUACCGAUAAGCCCUUUGUCAUUGAUGGCUCAAGAUAUGGAAGAGCUGGAAUGGGUUUCACUCAUCAUCGACGACUCCCUUUUGGAGUUUCCACCGUCGUGCUCUGGCGUAGCGCUGCCCUUCCCACCGCCGCCGCUGCCAAAACCCCAGGCGGAGUCUCCACCCGAGGACCGCCCGGCCUCUUUCCGGGGCCCCACCGUAUGCGCCCUCUCCACCGAAGCCCUCGUCCCGGUCAAGGCCAAGCGCAGCAAGCGGUCCCGCUCCGCCGGCGCUGUCUGGUCCCUCUCCGGCCCUCCCCCGUUCGCCGACUCCUCCUCAACCACCACAACCACCUCCUCCUCGUCUUCCUGCUCGUCCUCGUCGUCCUCCUUCGAAUCCUACCUCAUCUACGAACCCGCCGCCGCUGCCGUGGGCGGCGAGUACAACUUCCUCCUCGAUGAUAUCCCGCCUUCGCCGGUGCCGCCGUCCAAGAAGCAUAAAUCGAAGAAGCGGGGCCGGAAACCGAAGCCGCCGCAGGCGGCCUCCGCUGCCGCGGCCGCCGGCGGUGGCGAGCGGCGGUGCAGCCACUGCGGGGUUCAGAAGACGCCGCAGUGGCGGGCGGGGCCGCUGGGGGCGAAAACUCUGUGCAACGCGUGCGGCGUCCGGUACAAGUCCGGCCGCCUGCUGCCGGAGUACCGGCCGGCGUGUAGUCCUACCUUCAUCAGCAACGUCCACUCCAACAGCCACCGGAAAGUCCUUGAGAUGCGCCGGAAGAAGGAGGCCGAGCUCCCGGCCGCCACCGCCCUGCCAGUUCCCUCCUUCUGACCGUCCGGUUCGCUCCGGUUCGGCUGUACAUUUUGGACCGACCCCCUUUUAGAGUUUAGUCUGUCGCGGUUUGGAUCUUUUUCAUUCAUAGCGGCUUAGCUUUCCGUGUUCUUUAGCUUUUGGUUGCUUUUAUUUUUAGUUAUCAGGCUGUAGGUAGUGCAGCCUUUUUCAUUUGUUCGUGUUAUUUCGCUAGAUGUUUAGGAAGGGACAGAGAGGUAAUAUUAGAUUUUAGGGCCUUUGUCUGAAAAUUGGUAAUCUAACAUGACUGCUUUCUUUUUUUAGCCAAUGAGUGAGAGAGAGAGAGAGAGAGAGAGAGAGAGAUUAGAUGAAGGGGUAGUAUGGUGUAUUGGUAUGGUAUCAUUUGUAAUACAUCCAUCCAUAUACAUAGAGAUAGGGGGGCAUAGGCAUGGAUAGGAUAUAUGAUAAUAUUUAUUUGUAGCUGUUUUGCAGGAGAUUGCUUCAAAUGGAAUUUGCUUUGUUUUUUA